UGAUAUAUAUAUCCUAAUAUUGCAUAUUUAUGAAAUCUUAAAUGUUUCUUCAAUUCCUUCCUUAUUUAUAGCAGCACACAAAGAAAGAGUCCUUUCCCCAACUACUUUUCCCUAACCUGAUUUUUGCUUAAACAGAUUAUCACCAAAGGGAAAGGUAAAAUGGCAAGAAUAGCUCCAAUGUGGUUCUUGCUUCUGAAUUUGUCUUGUUUCUUUCUAACUCAUCAUACUUCUUAUGGUGAGAACUUGUAUAUUCCAAGAAGAAGGACCAAUAUUAUUUCUCAUGGCAAUCAUCAUGAAGCUAUGGUUAGAAUGAAGGCAUUAUUUAAGGCCUCUCUUAUUAGCCAUGACUCAAUUGCUUCACCACCAUCUUCCUUCUCACCUUCUCCUUCUCCUCUUCCAUUACAAGAUCAGAAGAAACCACAUGUGUACCUUGUGACAUCAUAUGGUGCUGAUCCAACAGGAAAUUCGGACAGUACUGAAGCUAUUCUUGAAGCCAUUGGAGAUGCAACGAAAGUUCCAAGUCAAUGGUCCUUGAUGAAGGGCAUAAAAGACCUUGGUGGUGCCCAGAUUGAUCUUCAGGGUGGAAAUUACAUUAUUAGCAAACCAUUGAAGAUGCCAGUGGGGGUUGGAAACCUUAUGAUACAUGGAGGAACCAUAAGAGCCUCAAACACUUUUCCAAAUAACGGACACCUCAUAGAUCUGUCAACUUCAAGUGAAACCAAGAAAAGUUCAACUUCACCAUCCUACAACUAUGAGUUCAUAACAUUCAAGAACCUCUUGUUGGACUCAAACUUUAGAGGAGGGGGCAUUUCCGUAAUUAACUCACUCAGAAUCAACAUAGAAAAUUGUUACAUAACACAUUUCACAACCACCGGAAUUUUAGUCCAAGGCGGCCACGAAACCUACAUAACAAACUCAUUCCUUGGCCAGCACGUCACCGCCGGUGGCGACAAAGACGAACGCCAUUUCUCCGGCACCGGAAUAAGCCUUCAUGGGAACGACAAUGCCGUCACGGACGUGGUAAUUUUCUCUGCCGAGAUUGGAAUAAUGGUAACCGGUCAAGCCAACACUUUUUCCGGCGUGCAUUGUUACAAUAAGGCGGCGGGUUUCGGCGGCACCGGGAUUUAUUUGAAGCUACCGAGUUUAACACAAACUAGGAUUGUGAAUUCUUACAUGGAUUACACUAACAUUGUUGCUGAAGACCCUGUCCAAAUUCUCAUUUCUAGUAGCUUCUUCCUUGGAGAUGCAAAUGUUGUGUUGAAAUCUAUCAAAGGCGUUGCCAAUGGUGUUACAAUUGUUGAUAACAUGUUCUCCGGAUCGAAUAGCGGAGUAGAAAUCGUGAAGCUGGACGAAUCGAAUUGUCGUUUCGAUAAAAUCGAACAGGUUUUAGUUGAUGGAAAUAUUGUUGAUGGUAUGAAUUUGAAGGCGACGGCUGCGAAGAUUUCUGUGCAUGGGAAUGGAACAUUAUGGAAAGCUGAUUUUAACGAUGUUCUUCUUUUUCGCAACCGAAUUAAUCAUGUUCAGUACUCGUUAAGUGCCACGGGGAACACGUUCCCGAAUCAUGCUCUAAGGAAUGUGUCUGAGAAUUGUGUUGUGAUUGAAACAAGUGAGGUUGUAUCUGGUAGUGUUUUUGUCACGGUGGAUCAAGGUGUUGCAACUUGAACAAUUCAGCUGUACGAGUGGUCACUUCACUUCCGUUUGAGCAAAUAUCGUGGAUUGAAUCCAGUCUUAUAUGCAGGAACUCAUUAGCCGCAAACUCUUAAAUAGAGCUUAAAUUCAGGACGGAUUAAUCUUUAGGUGUUGUGUUAGAAAAUACUGUAAUUUUUUUUACAAUGAUAGUAAAAAUGUAAAAUAUCAGUCACAAUUAAUUAGAUUGGUAACAUAUGCGAAUUUUGUUAUAUUGAUAUAAGAAUAAUUAAGAGUUUUAUCUUUUUCAAUUUAGAGAGCAGGAUCGAAUUCAUGCAUCAACAUACAAAAAAAAGAGUUUACGUAUAGACAUUUUUUCAGGUAUAGGGAUUUUAGAUUAUUACUAAAUUAUUGUAAGUGGUGAAGAAAUAUUGAAUAGCAUGUAAUUGUCAUCAGCUUGGGUCAAAAAAUGGGACUUGGUUUGCAUAAUGGUGUACAUCUUUUGGGCUUCUUUUUCUCUCCUUGUUAAGUCUUCUGCUCACGAGAAACUUUCCCUUCCCAUGUGAAACUCUUCUAGAAGCUAUAGGAAUUAUUCUUGGUGACCAAUGACCAUACAAAUAUAUUUUAACUGAAACAUUAACCAAAUCGGGCAUCAAAUAUUUAUCAAAUUAUAUAAUCCCAUUAGGUAACCAUCAGGGAUCCAACUAACUCCUACCAACUUCUAUUGGACUGGACGCAAAGCUCAUUAAAAAAAUCCGCUCCAUUUAUACUCCUCUUAAUCCUAAUUCCAAAAAAAAAAACAUACAGCCGUCUCACUUUCUUACUCCGCACGCCAUCACCCGCACCGUCAA